AUGACGACAGUCAACUCCUCGAUGCUAUCGAUGAGCUCCGCUCUCUCGGAAUCGGAAGAUUGCUCGAGGGGAAAGGACUUCUGCAGAUUAUUGUCUGCGGAGAUCAAUCUUCUGGCAAAAGCUCGGUUCUUGAGGCUCUCACUCGUGUAUGCUCUCCGACGAAGAGCAGCACAUGCACAAGCUUUGCUACCGAACUUCGCCAAACCCAAAUUCUUCGACCACGUAUUGGAAGUCGAGAUUAUGGGUCCAAAGCUUGUCCCAUUGACGCUGGCCAACCUUCCCGGAGUUAUUCAUUAUAGCAACGCUCCAUCUGGCUCCCGGGAUAUUGAGCUGAUCAACGACGUGGUCGGAAAAUACAUAGCAGAGCCAAACAGCGUCAUUCUUGCCGUCGUCUCGACGCAUAACGAUCUUAAUCUCCAAGCUACCCUAACGAGAAUUCAGAAGAUUCACGGUGCCACAGACCGCACACUCGGUAUCAUAACCAAACCUGACGAGCUACCCCAAGGGUCGGAAAAGGAGCAGGAAUGUAUAGAGUACGCACACUCAAAUACAGCUAAGUUCAAAUACGGUUGCUGGGAUACUUUGCCAAUACGUGACGUGGGUCGCGGCAUUGAUAGCUUACGCCAAAAACUGAGCAAAAUGCUCAUCGAUCAUACCUUGCUCAGCCUGCCAUCUAUUGUGGACCGCCUUGAGAGAGACCUGAUUCAAAUCACACCAGACUUUCACAAACUGGGGGAUGCGUACAACACUGUCAAGCAAAUGCGCAAUUAUCUGUUUUACAUCUCGGACAGUUUCGGUGAGUAUACGAGGGAUGCACUUGAAGGCCCAUACCAUCGUAGGGACUUUUUUGGUGGCCCGCUAGAGCCUAACGGCCUAGAGAAACGCUUGGGAGCAAAUUUUCGCAAUCUGAACGAUACAUUCGCCACCAAGAUGCUCCAGCAAGGGCACAAGUGGCAUGUGGUUGAAAAGUACGACACGAAGCUGACUAGGGGUAUUACUCACCCUACCAUGAUCCUAAAAUCAGAUUUUCUCCAGCUUCAUAUGGAUGUUUUGGCGCACCGGGAAAGGACUAUGGAACUACCCGGAAUGUCCAAUCUAGCUUCGGUGGGCUCGCUUUUCCAACAACAGGCCGAACUAUGGGAGAGUAUUGCGUCCGAGCAUCUGGAAGCAGUAUGGGACCUUUAA